GAAUUUGAAAUAGCUGCAGGAUUUCUUCCUGUCCUUUUAGUUUCUUUAGUAAGUGACCAAGACUACAGAAAUUCUCUAAAAAGAGUCUUUGUUUCGAGUGAAGCAAAUGUAAAAUUUGAACAUGAUUACAUUGUUAUUCCUGGCUGUCAGCUUUGUGUUUUUGUCUACAAGGAGAAAGAGGCUAAAGAAUCAUUGUGAUUCUGAUUUGUUCAAAUGCUCAUUCAGCCUUAUGAGUGCUUUACAUAAGAAUUAGCCAAGAAUUGCUUUUUUACAAACCAAUAGAUGAUCUAUUAUAUUUUGUAAGACAGAAAAAUCAUCAGUGUAAAGCCUCCAUCGGGUUUAUUGAACAACCUUCUUCAUUCUAACAAUUAUAAUGUGUCCACCCCCUUUUCGGGCAUCUCCAGAAUUUAAAGUGCCACUAAAGCUGCCUACCACCUUUUUUUAAACAUCAUUUGUUUUUUAGUCAGCCUUUACUUUAAGGCUCUGACAUCUUCACAAUUAACCUGACACACCAGAUAGACUGUUUCACGUGUCUACUGCAUGGAUAUAUUUCACAUCCAUCUGGGAAAACUCCCACAGCGUUUGGGAAGGGCAGGACUUUCCAAAAAAUUCUCUGACGGUGACUGGACAAACUGUCCGUCACAUUCAUGAUGGGCCAAUUAGAGUGACAAGACAAAACGAGGUUGUACACAUGCGCAGCUCUUAAGGCUCCUGCUGCUGUAGUUGUGAAUGGCGGAGCUCCUCCAUAAAUAAAAGUAUGCCAAGGCUUCUCAGGAGAUGUGCAAAAACAUCUUGUCUGCCAAGGCAAGCUUUCGCUGUCACUCGUAGUACUUGUUUUAACUGAAAAUGUGGUCAGUUUAACUCAAAUUAAACUGCCAAUCUCCUACAGCUGUAUCCAAGCUAAUAGCUACAGCAGCAGCAGCCACUGUAAACAUCUGCAGAACCCAUCAGUAACGAUUGCAGACCCAUGCCAAAUAGGCUGGGAGAAGAGCAAAAACAAUCUUUUCUGUCAUGAUGAGCUUUUAACACUUUAUUUCAUACAGAAACAUGAUCCAAUUCUGAUAAAACUGCUGCCAUGUCGUAGCCACAUCCGAGACAAUCACUGCAGUGGAGGCAGCCAAUCCAAAUGGCUAGAAUAACUAAACCCCGCCCAUAGCUACCGUGUCGUUCUCCUUAAAGGAUGCUGAUAGGUCUUAACAGUGUUCAGUUCGGCACAGACAUUGUAGAUUGGAGCUUUUCUCGAUGGAUUUGCCCAAUGAGAGACAUGGAGUCAGGCAAAGUCAUCUGCUUUGCAAGGUUACUUCUUAAUUUCUCUGGUAUGUAAAGUUGAAGCUGAUGUUGACUUCUAAAAACAGGAGACCGGGUUUUGAUCCAAAAGCUGUGAGUGAUGGUAGUCCAUCUCUAAUCUGCUGGCUCAUGCUUUUGUACAGAGAUGUCAUAAUACUAUAAUUUAAUACUGAUGUGACGCUAAAAACUAAUGGAGCUGAUGACUGUUUUGAUACCUCGCCAAGAAAAAAUAGAAGGCUUGGCAGAUACAUAGGGUAAUUUUUUUUUUGUAAUGAUCAAAAGUUAAAGCAAAAUCUCACCCAUUGUCUAAAUUGAACAAAGCAUUAGCAGCUUCUCUGAACAGGAUUGCUAUUCUUGAUAGUGUUUGUGAAAAUAAAACAGUGUGCAGGAGUUUGUCUUCAAUAUUUGAUGGAUUAAGUUCUCUUCUAAGCACCUGUCUCAUAAAAAAUAGUUUUUAAAAAUGUUUCUGCACUUUUCAGUACCACUGAGUAGGGGUAGAACGACACCAGUUUUUCAUUGGCCGAUACCAGUGAUUAAUAGUUCAUGAGAAUAAUAAACAGUAUUUGGAACUGAUAUGCAUUUAUUAUGUACAAAAUGUACUUAAUGUGGCAACAUUUGAAUUGCAUGAUCAAAAAAAUGAAGGAAAACAAAUAAUUUAGCUCUAGCUCUGUCAGCAUGAGAAAUGGUGCAAAGCUACACAGUCAAAGCAGGAAAACGGGAAGUGAUGCCAAAUACUCUCUGUGUCAGUGGUACCCAGGCUGAAGUGCUCUUUGUACAUCUAGCCAAUCAGAUUGUAUUGUAUAAAAAACUUUUAGUGUGACUGUGGAGAGUGUAAAUAAAGUCAGAGUAGAAGACAUACUUUUCAAGUAGUGCAACUUUAGACUAAUUAACUAUCAAUAAGACAGCAACACUUAUAAUCGGUCAAAUGCCAAAUAUCGGUCUCAAUAAUCAGUCUAACUGAUAAUCGGUUGACCCCUACCACUGAGCAUUGAAAUAACAGAUAGGUUCAUGUAAGAGCAUUUGGUAAAAAGUAUGAGGGUUUUGAAUAUUUUGACAACCUUUCUUUCAUGUGCAUGGAUAAGAUGUUUAUUUUGCUAGUAGUCAAACAUCUUAAACAGUCACAUAAAUAAGGAACUGAGUUAUAUGACAUUAUUUGGUUUUAAUUCAGCUUACACAACUUAAAUUGUCUCUUCCAACCUCAAAAUUGGUCUCUAGCUUCUCACUUUAUCUCUUGUAUCCUAAAACCUGUGCUACUAUUUAGUCCGAUUUUGAUUUCUCUCAGCCAUGGAAGGAGUGUUUGAAUUAGUUUGGCAGUCAUUUAUUCGUCCAGCAACAGUACCCAGUGCUGCAGCCAGGCACAAAGGUUUUCUCCAGCGCAGCAACAUUCAAAUAUACUGAGCUGCUGAGGCAGCAGGCUGUAGGCUUUUUGUCUGAUGCCAGAUGGAGGGACCAAAAGAAGCCAUAAAAAUUGAGGGUUAGCAGCAUAAGUUCAAUUAACAUAAUACCCAGCAAGAGAAACCCUGUAACCGAAAUAUGAGGAGGUAAUUUGUAAGGACACAGACGGGCUCCCCAGCAAAGAAGGGCAGAGUCAUUUAAAGCUCCUGUAAGGAAAUAUAAGUUGAUUAAACUGCAUCAUUAUGGCAUUAAGAAGCAAAUCAGACUGUCAUUGAUUUUUUUUUUAAAUAAAGUUAUUUUAAGUGUUUGUAAAAGCUACUCCAGGAAGGGGUCAAAGGAACCUAUACUUUCACCAUACUUGUGUAAUAUCUUAACAGUGAGAAAAUUUUCACUAUUAUAAGAAAGUAUGAAGAGAUUAUUUGUGAUUAAAAAAAAACAAAACAACAAUGUGUAAAGCAGAUGUUCUCAACUGGCCGGGCAUCAGGACCCACACCCCCUCCUUAAGAGAAAUUGCAAGCCAAAGUUUUCUACUCAAAUUUAUUCAUUGAAACAUUUUUGCAGUUUGGACUCCAAGUGGAACAAAACAUAAGAGCAAAUUUAAGGAUAUAUAUGCAUAUAUCUAAUUUUUCUCCAUUUUCCUAAGACAUUUGUUGAAAUUUGGUCAUUUCUAGUCAGAUUUCCUCUUAUCUUGGAAAAGCCAGCUUUGAAAAAGACAUACAUUAAUAGAAAAGGUAGCAAUCUUUUUUAGUGAGCCCCAAUUACCCAGAAAUUCUAUAGUAAUACGCAGUAAUUACAGAGUAAUUUGUCAAGAAUAAGGUGGUGAUUAUCUUCUGAUAAGUUGGUAUUUUACCAAGAAACUCAGCAAUAGUUAGUAUUUACCUUGUGAUAAUGUAACUCACUUAAAUUUAGUGGGCAAAAAUGAAGAAAUUACCUGAGAAUUAUGAAGCAAACUAUUUAGAAAAUUAUUACCUUAUUUCUUAAGAAAUACUUGUAAAGUAAAACCUAAUUACCAGAGAACUGCCAUAAUAUUAUCAAGGUUAGGAUUAGAUGAGAGGGUUAGGGUAAAAUACCACUUAAUUAUCAGACAAUUGCCACAAUAUUACAAAGAAUUACUUGAUAAUAAACACAUCAUUACUAGUUAAUAGUAGUAAGUGGUAAUCAUCUGGUAACUAAUUAAGAAUAAGGUGGUCAUUACCUUUUAAUAAAUUAACAUUUUACCAAGUAAUAACUUGUUAGUAUUAAGGAAGUAUUUACCCAGUAAUAAUGUACCAAUUUUAAAGUAAUUCCUUGUAAUAUUGUGGUAAUAAGUGGUAUUUUACCACUAACCCCCUAAAAAACCCUUAAAACUAUUUGAAAAUCAUUCAGGAAGAACUUGGUAAAGUAUAACCUAAUUACUGGAGAAGUGCCAUAAUAUUAUCAGGGUUAGGAUUAGGUUACAGGGUUAGGGUAAAAUACCACGCAUUUAUCAUAGAAUUGCCACAAUAUUACAAGCAAUUAAUUGAUAAUUAAUUCAUAACAAGAUAAAUACUUCCUCAAUACUACAGAAUUAUUACUUGGUAAAAUGCAAACUUAUUGCAAGAUAAUUACCAUCUUAUUCCUGAGAAAUUAAGAGAGUAUACGAUUAUUCCUAUAAAAAUACUAGGUAAUUAGGGCUCACUAAAAUAAGGGGCCACCAUAGAAAACCUUGAGAGAUAUUUAGAUUUACUCUUAAUCAUAAGAAAAAAAAAAUAUAAAUAUGUAUAUUCACUUUGGGCUUCUUACUUUUGGGUCCCUACCCAUCAGCUGAAACCCCCUGAUGUAAAGGAACAAAAUCAGCAGAGAGGUUACUCUCUUGUCCAUGGGGGGACGCUAAAAUCAUAAGAAACAAAAAUUCCCCACAGGAGCUUUAAAAGGUUUAAACUGGAUAUGUACUCGCUGAAUAUUGUCCUUUUUUAACCAAAAUAUUACGUUUUUUUAUAUAUCAGUAUGAACAAGAAUUGCAUACAACAUAUAAAGCAGAAGUGUUUUUAAGUGCAGAAGUUGUCCAAUAAAAAUAAAUUUGUGCACAGUUGUAUGUGUCAGUUUUAAAAGAGAGUAAAAAGAAUCUGUAGAUAAACAUCAAAAAAUAAAACAAACUUUUCAUCACAGUGAGAUAGUUACAUGGUUUUUUCUUGGUAUUUUAACUCGUCAUGCCAGGGAGUUUUAAAAUUCUCUUUUAGAGAAUCAUCAAAGUUUAUUUUGCUGUUUUUUUAUGUUCAGAAGGAUACAUGUGUCUGACUAGUUGCGCUCAGAGGUCUGAUUGAUUCAAAGCUACGUUUAAAAAUGGCCGCCUUUGUCUUUCCUGGCUCUUGUGGCGGGGGAGAUAAGAGACUGAGAAGGCCUUUGAACAACAAAGCAUCAAUGACAAGUUCAACUGACCUUUUAUUUUCCUUUAUGCAUUUAAAAGGACCACUUCCUUUCCUUUACCCUAGCAACCCAAUCAGUGCACCCCCAUUUCAUCGGGACUUCUUUGAGCAUCUGCAUGUGAUGUCCCACCUAAAAGCACCAGUCUGAUAUGAAAAGGUUUUUUUGUUUUGUUUUGUUUUUCUACAUGCUAACCUGUGGCUGCGCCCUCCCACUCACUCUCUGAGCAUUUGCAUGGCAACCUUUUAACAGGCCAGCUGCGGCUGCCCUUUUCUUGUCUUCAUGUUGAAUUCUAAUCAUUACUUUCAAAGGAAAGCGUCUCCAAAGCUCCUUUAUCAAGUGUUUGUAGUGAGGAGGCAAACUGCUGUCCAGCACCCACUAGAGCGUCUCUCCGUCCUCUCACACAGUGAACAUUUUACGGGUGACCUGCUUCUUUAAGUUUGGAGAACAGAACACAUGGGAGAAGAAGGUUAAAAAAACCUUGGAAAUAUUUGAUCAGGGCUUCUUUCAGAUUCCCUCUUCAGCCCUAAGGUUAAUUUGUGUGGCAGAAAAGCUCUGUGGUGAUGCCAUGAGGUUGAUCCUUGUUAAACCCACCAAUGCCACGCGGCGUCUCGACUCAACCGGUGAAGUCUUCCAUGAGGGAGACCAUGAGCACUGUACAGCAGGAGGUCCAUCACCUCCAACAAAGACUCCAGAGGGGCUGCAUGACCGGUACUCAGGUGCCUCUUUGGACUCAUCCUCUUCCCCACAGGAGGCCAGUCAAUACUGUGUUUCAUCGUCACCCCAUGAAAGGUCCAAUGGAAUCAGUCCAACGAGGGUUUCAGCCAAGAUGUCUCCACUAAAGACUUCUAACCUCACCUUAUCCCAGCUGACUGAUCAGGACUGGCUGCUUCUUUGUGGCCAGGUUAGCAGUGCAGGACAUGGUUCGACAUCAGUAGAGAGAGCGGGGACCAGUGUGGUACAUCCAAACCACAAUGACAGAUGUGGUUGUUCUUGCUCCGGUGCACACAAACACUUAGAGGGUUCCACUUUUCAUCAGGGUUCAAUCCAAGACUCCUUCUCCAGAGUUUCAAACAAGAGAGGCCUUACAUCUUACCCACUAACUCAACCUUUCUCUCAAAGCACUCCAAAUCCAACCUCUUGCCAGGUUCUACCACAGCAAACAAACCAACAGAAUCUUUUGAAACCUGCAACAAACCAUCCACUGGAUAAUUUCAUGCUCCAGUGCAGUGACCAAGAAGGUCCUAGAGAUUUACUCCAGCAACAGCCUUGCAAUCAUCUAAAACUUACAGACAGCAGCCAAGCAGUGCAUCCAAAUUUAUUCAACAUCCCUUUGAACACCAUAAGUGCUGAGGCGAAUCCAAAACUCCUCCAGCAUCCUCAAUCUGCUGAACUCAACUGGAGGGAGAUUUUUGGUCAGGAGCCGUUGUUAGUUCAGCAGUGCCAGACGCAGGAUUCCCACUGCUCCACAAGCGGUGAUCAAACCUGCAAGUCUUCAGGAGAUCCCUCCAACGUCCUGAAGUGCCGUCAUCUCCCUUACCACCCUCUGACUAGCUCUCCGCGGAUAAAGAGGUCGUCCACUCCGGCUAGUAACAAAAGUGUGCAUUCUUUCUCCGCCAGCCAUCUUAGUUCACUGGAGAACCAGGAUUUAGUGGAGAAGAAUGCUAGACAGCAACCAAGUCAGAUGACCUCUCGGUACCCCAGAGGUUCAAAACCAUCCCUCCCUAAACACAGUCCUCCACCCUCUGACACCUUCGAAACCAGCGACAUAGUCAACGGAGACGCGGUGCAUCCGCUGAGCAGCCAUGGCACUCUAAGGUCCAGUUUUUCAGAGCUGCACUCUGGUCAGCAGCCUUUUCAGCUUCUUCACAACAGCAUCCUGGAGGACGCCUUCUCCAAAGUCAUCAGAGAAGAUUCCAGUAAGGCCAACAGUGAAAACCCCACCAGGGAAGAAGGCAACGUACCACAGAAGAAGACCAAGGACAUAAGCUACAGGCUGGGCCAGAGGAGAGCUCUCUUCGGGAAGCGCAAACAGCUGAGCGACUACGCGUUGGUCUGCGGGAUGUUUGGUAUAAUUGUUAUGGUGAUUGAGACUGAGCUUUCAAGAGGAUUUUACAGUAAGGAAUCCAUUUAUUCCUACGUACUGAAAGGCCUGAUCAGCCUCUCUACGGUUAUUCUUCUUGGACUCAUUGUGUUGUACCAUGCGAGGGAAAUCCAACUCUUCAUGGUGGACAACGGAGCAGACGAUUGGAGGAUAGCUAUGACACUGGAACGUGUUCUGUUUGUUGUGUUGGAGCUCUUUAUCUGCGCUAUCCACCCAAUCCCGGGCCAGUAUGUCUUCACAUGGACUGCUCGGUUGGCCUUCAGCUACACAGCAUCAGUGAAGGAUGCUGACGUUGACAUCAUCCUCUCUGUGCCCAUGUUCUUGCGCCUCUACUUGAUUGGCCGGGUCAUGCUGCUUCACAGUAAGCUGUUCACAGAUGCCUCCUCCCGUAGCAUCGGAGCUCUCAACAAGAUCAGCUUCGACACUCGUUUUGUUAUGAAGACUCUGAUGACCAUCUGCCCCGGGACGGUCCUGCUGGUCUUCAGCGUUACCUGUUGGAUCAUUGCAGCAUGGACCGUGCGUGUUUGUGAGAGGUAUCAUGAUGCACAGGAGGUGACAAGUACCUUUCUUGGAGCAAUGUGGCUGAUCUCCAUCACUUUUCUAUCCAUCGGCUAUGGCGACAUGGUGCCUCAUACCUACUGUGGGAAGGGGGUUUGCCUGCUGACAGGAAUUAUGGGAGCGGGCUGUACGGCUUUAGUGGUUGCUGUCGUUGCAAGAAAGUCAGAACUCACCAGAGCCGAGAAGCACGUCCAUAACUUCAUGAUGGAUACUCAGCUCUACAAAAAGAUCAAAAACACAGCAGCCAAUGUGCUGAGGGAGACGUGGCUCAUCUAUAAAAACACCAAGCUGGUGAAAAAGAUCGACCGUGCCAGAGUUCGCCACCAUCAACGGAAAUUCCUUCAAGCCAUCCACCAGCUGCGAGCCGUCAAAAUGGAGCAGAGGAAACUGACUGAUCAGGCAAAUACAAUCUCUGACCUCGCUAAGACUCAGAACAUGAUGUACGAUCUCGUGUCGGAGCUGCAGCACAGGAGCGAGGAGCUGGACCGGAAGAUGGUAGCUCUGGAAGACAAACUUGAUUCCAUCCUUCUCGGUGUGCACUCCCUGCCCACUGUGCUCUCUCAAGCAAUAACAAAACUACAAAAAGAUUUCCUGGACGACUUGGCCUGUCGUGUCCACUUCCUGUCAUCCUCCCUGAGCUCGGAGUGCUGUUCAGUCCCAGCCAGGCAGCUCUGUCCUGCACCCACCACACCAGAGACCCCAUACAGCUCCUAGGCCACACUCAGACCUCUUAUUCUUAGUCCGCAGCCUCCUUUUAAUGCAUGGAAGGAUUUUUUUCUAACAUGCAUACUUGUUUUUAGUACUUUAUCGCUACAUUUAGUCACUGUUACACAUAUUCACUCCUGGGAAUUACAGUAACUGUCUCAUACUGAGCAGCUCCAGUGAGACAGGAAGUGCCUUAGUAAAGGGAUUAUAGAGGAAAGGGAGAACAUUUACUCAAUCAUUUCCUACAAUUUCACUGUUAGCUUAGGGAAUGAUAAACAGACACACAUUGGACCAUAAAGCCUCCUUUGAACUCAUCCCAGAGAUCCAAAUCAAGUCAGAGAGUAGACUAUGGCUUAAUGUAGGAUUCCCAGGCAAACAAAUGUAGUAUUUUAUAUGAUUUUACCCAUUUAAGCCUUAAACUGUAGAUUCAAAGCUCCUGUGAGGAGUUUUUAGUUGGUUAUAAACCAGACUGGACUGAAUUGAGAAGACAAUCAGCAUGACUUAUGUGAAGAUAUUUUUAACUACUGACAUUUUCCCUUGUAUAAUUUCUUUAUGAGUAAUUAAUUGAGUGUUUAAAGAAAGCAGGGUGAUAUUUUUUGUUAAAAACAUGACUUUAACAUGUACAGUGCCGAUAGUUUUCAUCCCACAUGGAUGUUUUUCCCCUUAAAUGAUUUCAUAAAUCAAUCAUGGUCAAUAUAAUUGGACUUUUUUGACAAAAAAAUUACAACUAACCUCUUUAAUGCCGAAGUGAAAACAGAUCUCUCCAAAAUAAUGUCAGUUUAAUAAUAACAUGAACUAUAUAAUGAGUGACAGCAUAAAAAUGCACCUUCUUGAAGUCAGUAUUUUGUAGAUGUUCCUUUGGCUGCAAUCUCAGCACUGAGUCUGCGUGGAUAGGUCUCAAUCAGGCUUUCACAUCAGGGCGCUGCAAUAUUACUCCAGUCGUCUUCGCAAAACUGCUCAAGCUCUGUUAAGCUACAUGAGGAUCAGGCAUGAAUGGCCGUUUCCAUGCUGCUUUGGACUUUGACUUGGCCACUCCAGAAAAUUCACCUUGUCUUAAAACCCUUUCUGUGUAGCGUUCGCUGUAUGAUUUGGGUCAUUGUCUCUGUGGAAAAUAAAUCUUCUCCCAAGCCGUAGUUCUCUUGCAGACAGUUUAAGAUUGUCCUCCAGGAUUCUCCUAUGGUCUGCUGCAUUCAUUUUACCUGCUAUCUUCACAAGCCUUCACAAGGGCCAGCUGCUGAGAAGCAUCCCCACAGCAUGAUGCUGCCCCCACUGUGAUUUAUAGUGGGGAUGGUGUGUUUGUGCUAAAGGGCAGUGUUUUGGUGUCCACCAAACAUAGUGUCUUGGCUGAUGGCCAAAAAGCACCAUUUUGGUUUCAACAAACCAAAGAACUUUCUUCCACUUGACCAUAGAAUCUCCCACAUGCCUUUAUGCAAACUUGAGUUGAGAUUUGAUGAGUUUUCCUCAAUAGUGGCUUUGUCUUUGCCACUCUCCCAUAAACCUUUGACUGGUGAAGAACCUGGGCGACAGUUGUUGUAUGCAGAGUCUCUCCCAUCUUC